UGUCUCUGGCCUCCAAGAUGUCAAAGCGUCCUAAAAUACAGAAAAUCGAAAGCAUGUUUAGUGCCUAAGGAUGCUAAGAGGCAGUGGAGUAGAGUCAGUCAAGGAAGUAGAUUGACAUUCCUGGUCACUUAAUCUGCCUGAGCCUCAAUUUCCUUAUCUGUAAAAUCAACAACUGUUAUUCGUUCAACAAGUGGCUGUUUAAAAGGACAGACACCAGGCCUGACAAGGUCAUUGAUGGGUUUAGAGAGAUAGUGCAUAGUGUUUGGCACACCAGAAAUGCCCAGCAAGUGGCAGUUGGUGUCCUUGUGCUGCAGGCUCCAGGGAGCGGCAGAGAAAGAUUGGUGUGGAAUGAUGGUGUCUAGGGCCAUUUCUUUGGCUGUUUGGAGCCCUUGGAGCAGAGGCUAUGGGUGGACAGAACUCUCAGGAAUGUUCUUGGGAUUCAGAGUUGCUGCCGGACAAGGGUUGUCAUGGAGGCCAGCUGUGGACAGAACCCUCAGGAAUGUUCUUGGAACUCAGAGUUGCUACUGGACAAUGGCGGGAGCCCCAGGGAGUCUGAGGCAUAUUUGGAGGCCACGUCUUGGGAGGUGCCAGGAGUUCAGGCAGAGCUCUGGCACAAGCGACCAUUCAACUCAGGGACUUGAGACAACAGAGCACUGAAGGGGAGAGCCCCAGGCCUGCCCAGCUGUGGAUAAACAAGGACUUUGGAUCCUGGGAGAAAGGGAAUCAGGCAGCUGCCGAACCCUAGAGAUGAAGGGCUUCCUCCCACUGGUUUGGUUCCUGGCUUGUAGUGUGCCUGCUGUGCAAGGAGGCUUGCUGGACCUAAAAUCAAUGAUCGAGAAGGUGACAGGGAAGAAUGCCCUGACAAACUAUGGCUUCUACGGCUGUUACUGCGGCUGGGGCGGCCGAGGAACCCCCAAGGAUGGUACCGAUCGGUGCUGUUGGGUGCAUGACCACUGCUAUGGGCGGCUGGAGGAGAAGGGCUGCAACAUUCGGACACAGUCCUACAAAUACAGAUUCGCGUGGGGCCUGGUCACCUGCGAGCCGGGGCCCUUCUGCCACGUGCAGCUCUGUGCCUGUGACCGGAAGCUUGUCUACUGCCUCAAGAGAAACCUAUGGAGCUACAACCCGCAGUACCAAUAUUUUCCCAACAUCCUCUGCUCCUAGGCCUCCCCAGCGAGCUCCUCCCAGACCAAGACUUUUGCUCUGUUUUUCUGCAACACAGAGUUUUGACUCUGCUGGGUUCCUGAGAGAGGCUCCUAAGUUACAGACCUCAGUCUUUCUUGAAGCUUGGAGGACCCCCAGCGCCACACUGUACCCUUUAGCAAGUCCCAGGAGAGUGACUCUGGUCACAGGACUUGGUAGGGUCCCAGGGUCCCUAGGCCUCUACUUCCGAGGGCAGCCCCUCUGGUGCCAAGAGCUCUCCCCCAACUCAGGGUUGGCCACGUCUCUUUUCUUCUCUGAAGACAGCGUCCUGGCUCCAGUUGGAACACUUUCCUGAGAUGCACUUACUUCUCAGCUUCUGCGAUCAGAUUAUCACCACCGCCACCCUCCAGAGAAUUUUUACACAGGAAGAGCCAAAUUGACUCUCUAAAUCUGGUGUAUGGAUAUUAAAUAAAAUUCAUUCUCAAGGCUAAUAAAAACCACAUAGACAUUUUCCUCUGCUGUGGGGGAUCGCUGGUGCCUCCUUCUCUGCCACUGGGGUAAUAAACCCAAAGUUAUCUACGUUAUCUCAGAGACAGAAAGGAAGAUUAGUAAAUGCAGGGUUUUCUGGGAUGAGCUUCAGGCUUUCUCUUGGGCUUAUUUCCUUAAACCUUGGGGUCCUCUCCAGUGUUGGUCUCAUUCUUCCUCGAUGGGGUGGGGGGAAGAUAACUGGUGAUGAUGCCAGCUUCAGCUUCCAGGCCAGAGAGGGUGGCAUUGAGAUCCCAGUGCUGGUUUCUUCAGCUGUGUGGUCUUGGACCUGUUACUGAACCUCUCUGACUUUCAGUCUAUUUGAGAAAGAAACUGUUGUUCCUUGCAAUGUAAAAUGAGACUUCUAAAGCCCACCUUGAUACUGAUAUGGGGGAUGCUAAGAUUCUAGGAUUUCACACAGCAGGAAUUUUUUUUAAACAGGUGUCAGCUAUGGGGUUCAUUUUUUACAAAGUAAGGACAUUUAAAAAACCAACCCGUCUAUCAGUUCAUAAAAGAAAGGAUGUUUGUUCUGAUACCAAGACUGCAAGAAGAAAGGACGCGUUCCAAAACAAAGGAACGUCCUUCCAAGAAAGUACCUAUGGCUUCUUUAUUCCGACAUACCCCAAAAUAACUGCAUGAUAAAUAGGGUCUGUAUUUUAAAAGCUCUAGUGUUGAAUGUUUUCAAAAUAAAAUUUAAUUUUAUGAGA